CCCACAAUGAAUUACUGAUUCGCUAUUCCUCAAUUGUGUGCAAAAUAAAGCCAUGAAGGCUGAAGCUGCAUCAACUUGCUAGCUGGAUUAUUCGGCACUUUUAGGAUUAGGUCUUCAAAUUCAACCAUCCCCAAUCAUCAACCCCCUCCAUUCCGUUUGACCCACCAUCCUCUCAGGUAUUGCUUCAUCAACGCUCCAUCCUCGGUAUCCCCAAAUUCAAAAUCAAAAUAAAACCUCUCUCCAUUUUCCUCUCAUAUAUCAAUUAACAUCCUAUAUGUGUAAGACCAAAAUGGCCACCAACGCCGCCAACCCUACCUCAAGCCCACGACCCUCUCGAAAUCCGGCCUCCCGCUCCAACUCCCAGCCCAGUACUCAAGCCCAAACGCCAAGGACAUCGACACCAAAGCCCACCGCUCCAUCCCGCUUUUCCCCAACCGCAACCGCAACCGCAACCACCACCUCCUACUCGGACCCUACAACAUCAUCUUCCUACGGCAGCUUCUCCACCACCGGCUACCGCCUCUCCUCCGACAACUCCAUCUCCAGCCGCACCUCCCUCACCCACCUUCGCGAUACUCUCCCCGAAAACCCAAACAUCUAUGACUUCUCCGAAAUAUGCGUCGCCACCAACAACUUCCUCGCCAAGCGCUACUCCUCCUCAUCUUCCACUCCUUCCUGGCGCUGCACUCUACGCGGUGCUGACGUCAUCGUCUUCCAGCGCAAGUUCCGCCGGAAGCUCGAGACCUCGCAGCUCCGGGAGCGGCUCUCCCUGAUCUGCCGGAGCCAUAUCGUCAGCAUCAUCAAGCUCCUCGGCGCGUCCAUCUCCGGCGACCACAUCUACCUCGUCUACGAGUUCGUCCACGGCGCGAACCUCUCCGAAUGCCUUCGGAACAAGAUCAACACUCACUUCACGGUGCUGUCGACUUGGCUCUCGAGAAUGCAGGUGGCCACCGAUGUCGCUCACGGCCUCGAUUACGUUCACAACAAGACAGGAUUGAGCAUCACUUUCGUCCACAACCACAUCAAGAGCAGCGCUAUAGUCAUCACCGAGCCUAAUUUCAAUGCUAGGGUUUGCCAUUUCGGUGCCGCGCAGCUCUGCGGUGAGAUCCAGGAAGAGGAAAGCGAUGUCGCUGCCGCGAAAUUGGGAGAAAUCGAGGAGGAACCCUUGGCAUCUCCUUCCCCGGCGAGGUCCGAAAAAUUGAAACGAUCGGGUGGUUCUGGCAUGCAAUUCGAGGGGGUGAGGGGCUACAUGUCGCCGGAAUUUCAGGCCACCGGCGUGGCGACGCAGAAGUCCGACGUGUACGCGUUCGGUGUGGUCAUGCUGGAGCUUCUCUCCGGGGAGGAGCCGCUGAGGUUCAGGUACGACAAGAAGAGUGGAGAGUUCGUGAGGACAUCUGUGAUCGACGCUGCGAGGGCGGCCGUGGACGGUGGUGAGGGGGCGCUGAGGAGGUGGGUGGAUAAGAGGCUGAAAGACUCGUUCCCGGUUGAGGUUGCCGAGAAGGUGACACGUGUGGCGUUGGAUUGCGUACACGUGGAUCCAGAUAAGAGGCCCAAGAUGGGUCGCGUAGCUGACAAGAUAUCAAAGCUGUAUUUGGAAUCAAAGAUUUGGUCUGAAAAUGUUAGAAUGCCCACUGAAAUUUCUGUUUCUUUGGCUCCUCGAUGAGAUUUUCCUCUCGUGGCGGCCCCUUUUUUUGUUUUAUUAUUAAUUCUUAACCCUUUCAUAAGAUUAGGAGAAUUUCGAGCGUAGAUCAAGUAGAAAUAGAUUAACAAUCAUUCUUGAGGUCUUAGAUGACUUCUUCUGUGGAUGAUGCUUUGUCUUUGUGGAUUAUUGAGUUUUUAAUUCGAUUUGAUUGUGACAAGAGUUGGGGGAAUAUGUAAAUUCACAGAGAUGAUACAUAAUAUUUUAUUUGGAGUUUA